UCCCCAAAGGUCCUCAGUCUUUGGUCAUCCCCUGCACUGUCUGCAGUCUCUGGUUAUCUGUACUAUGUCCACAGUCUCUGGUCAUCUCCUGUACUAUGUCCGCAAUCUCUGGUCAUUCCCUGUACUGUGUCCGCAGUCUCUGGUCAUCCCCUGUACUGUGUCCGCAGUCUCUGGUCAUCUCCUGUAUUGUGUCCGCAGUCUCCGGUCAUCUCCUGUACUAUGUCUGCAGUCUCUGGUCAUUCCCUGUACUAUGUCCACAGUCUCUGGUCAUUCCCUGUACUAUGUUCGCAGUCUCUGGUCAUUCCCUGUACUAUGUCCGCAGUCUCUGGUCAUUCCCUGUACUGUGUCCGCAGUCUCUGGUCAUUCCCUGUACUAUGUCCACGGUCUCUGGUCAUUCCCUGUACUAUGCAGUCUCUGGUCAUCUCCUGUACUAUGUCUGCAGUCUCUGGUCAUUCCCUGUACUGCGUCCGCAGUCUCUGGUCAUUCCCUGCACUGUGUCCGCAGUCUCUGGUCAUUCCCUGUACUGUGUCCGCAGUCUCUGGUCAUCUCCUGUACUGUGUCCGCAGUGGGUCCUCAUCUC